GGCCGGCAGCGCGCCGCUCCUCACUCCUCCUCGUUCCCUCCGACUGAGGCUCCUCUGCAGACUCUUCACAUGGACGUGUGGGGCCCAGCCCGCGUCCGUGGACAGGGUCACGAGCGUUACUUCCUGCUGGUCGUUGACGACUACUCGCGUUACACCACAGUCUUCCCCUUGCGCAGCAAGGGUGAGGUCCCUGAGGUGUUGAUCGACUGGAUCCGCGGAGCUCGUCGCCAGCUCAGUGAGAGUUUCGGCUCGGCCCUUCCUGUUCUGCGUCUGCACUCAGACAGAGGUGGGGAGUUUUCCUCCGACCUCCUAAGGGCCUUCUGUCGUUCGGAGGGCAUCCGCCAGACGUUCACGCUUCCGGCCUCCCCGCAGCAAAAUGGGAUUGUUGAGCGCCGCAUUGGCAUGGUCAUGGACGUCGCUCGUACGUCCAUGAUCCAUGCGGCUGCUCCCCAUUUUCUGUGGCCGUUCGCGGUUCAGUACGCUGCGCAUCAGAUCAACCUUCAGCCUCGUGUCUCCUUGCCGGAGACCACACCUACUCUGCGGUGGACGGGGAAGGUUGGCGAUGCGUCCGCGUUCCGUGUCUGGGGAUCUCGAGCUUUUGUCCGCGAUACUACAGCGGACAAGCUGUCCUCCCGUGCCGUUCCCAGUGUCUUCCUUGGCUUCCCUCCUGACGCACCCGGGUGGCAGUUCUACCACCCCACCUCACGUCGUGUUCUGUCCUCUCAGGACGUCACGUUUGAUGAGUCGGUGUCGUACUACCGUCUCUUCCCCUACCGCACUGCCUCUCCCCCCCCCCCCCCGCCGCUCUUCCUCGCACCAGGUACUCCCCCGGUAGACCCCCUCCCCCCCCAGGGUCCUGCCCCCUCAGGUGUGUCCCAGGUAGACCCUGCCGAGCCGGUCGAGGUAGCUGUCGACUCAGGUACUACUAGGGGUGCUGAGCCUGUGGGUGCGGGGCCUGGGGGUGCUGAGCCUGAGCGUGUGGAGCCUGGGGGUGCUGAGCCUGAGCGUGUGGAGCCUGGGGGUGCUGAGUGUGGGAGUGCUGAGCCUGGGGGUGCUGAGUUUGGGAGUGCUGAGCCUGGGGGUGCUGAGCCUGGGAGUGUUGCGCCUGCACGUGCUGCGUCUGGAGGUGCUCUAGGUGUCCCGUUGCGACGGGAGCCUCUCUCCCCUCAGCAGCUUCGUGAGUGGUACUCUCAGCGCUGUCGGGGUGCUGUUGCUGCUGGUGUUGCUGGAGGUGCUGCUGGUGCUGGAGCUGCUGGAGGUGCUGCUGGUGCUGGAGCUGCUGUAGGUGCUGCUGGUGCUGGAGAUGCUGGAGGUGCUGCUGGUGCUGGAGCUACUGGAGGUGCUGCUGGUGCUGGAGCUGCUGGUGGUGCUGGAGCUGCUGGUGGUGCUGCUGGUGCUGGAGCUGCUGGAGGUGCUACUGGUGCUGGAGCUACUGGAGGUGCUGCUGGUGCUGGAGCUGCUGGUGGUGCUGGAGCUGCUGGUGGUGCUGCUGGUGCUGGAGCUGCUGGAGGUGCUACUGGUGCUGGAGCUACUCGAGGUGCUGCUGGUGCUGGAGCUGCUGGAGGUGCUACUGGGACUAGAGACCCUGGGGCUGAGGGUUCUGUCUCUGCUGUUUCUGGAGGCGCUGCGCGGCCGCGGCCGUACUACGUUCUGCUUCUUCAGCAGGUUCUUGGCUCUCCGCCUUCUCCUGGUCCUCCUCCUCCUCCUUUCCUGAGUCCACCGCCUGUCCAGUCCCAGUCGCAGUUCCCGCCGGCCUCUCCUCUGCCUGGUCCCUCUCCUUACUCUGGACCGAUUAGAGGUCUUACGGAGCGUCGUGAGCCUGAGUCUCGUCCUGUGUCGCCUGAGUCUCGUUCUGCGUCGCCUGUCCGUCCUGUUCGCACUGGUCGUGUUUCGCGUCCGCGUCCUCCUCCUGUCCCUGGCACUCACUCUAUGACUCUGCGUCCUUCCACUGCUCCGCAGCGUGUCCCUUUGCCGUCUCCUCCUGCGUCCUCUCUUCCUGCUGGUCCGGACCCUGCGUCUGACUCCCUUCGUGCUGCUAGUCCAGCUGUCACACGCUUUCUGGCCACUGCUAUCACUGACCCUUUGUUUGAGUCCACUGCUGCGUCUGCCUUAGUUGCUGAGCUUGUCGACUUUGCUGCCCAUUGUCGUCUAGACUACGCCGCCAGUCUUGUUACUGAAUCUGCGUCUGUCUGUCCUCCGUCCGUCGGGGGUGAGUGUGCUCUUGGCACGGACGUUCUUGAGGACAGACAGGAGGAGUUUGAGUGCUUUGCUGCUUCUGUACCUCAUCUCGUGUCCAUGCUGAUUGCCCUUGAGGGAGACCCGGAUGCACCAGACAUCCCGACCCCGCGCUCUUACGCAGAGGCGAUAGAGGGUCCCUACUCCUCUCAGUGGCAGGCAGCCAUGGACGCCGAGAUGGCUUCCUGGAAGUCCACUGGCACCUACGUAGACGAGGUUCCCCCACCUAGGGUGAACAUCGUCAGUGGCAUGUGGAUCUUCAGGGUGAAGCGGCCGCCGGGUUCUCCGCCUGCCUUCAAGGCGCGCUACGUUGCACGUGGUUUCAGUCAGCGACAGGGAGUUGACUUCUUUCAGACCUUCUCCCCUACCCCGAAGAUGACCACUCUUCGGGUACUGCUGCACGUAGCUGCUCAGCGUGACUACGAGCUCCACUCGCUUGACUUCAGCACAACCUUCCUCCAGGGCAGCCUGCACGAGGAGAUCUGGCUGCGCCGCCCACCUGGUUUCACAGGGUCGUUUCCUGCUGGUACCCAGUGA